AUGGCUGCCUGCGAUACUCGUUUCAAGCUCAACACCGGUGCGGAGAUCCCCGCCCUCGGUCUCGGUACCUGGCAAUCCCAGCCCGGUGAGGUUGCUCGCGCUGUCGCCCACGCCAUCAAGGCCGGCUACCGUCACAUUGAUGCUGCCCUGUGCUACCAGAACGAGAAUGAGGUCGGCCAGGGAAUCAAGGAGGCCAUUGACGCUGGAAUUGUCAAGCGCUCAGACCUCUUCGUCACCACCAAGCUCUGGUCCUCUUACCACGACCGCGUUGAGGAAGGUCUGCAGCAGAGUCUGACUGAUCUUGGCCUCGAAUAUGUUGACCUCUACCUCAUGCACUGGCCCCUGGCCAUGAACUCCAAGGGUAACCACAACCUCUUCCCCAAGCUGGAAGAUGGAUCCCGGGACAUUGUCCACAGCCACUCCCACGUCACCACCUGGAAGAGCAUGGAGAAGCUCGUUGGCACCGGCAAGGUCCGCGCCAUCGGUGUCUCCAACUACAGUGUCAAGUACCUUGAGGAAUUGCUGCCCCAGGCCACCAUUGUUCCAGCCGCCAACCAGAUCGAGAACCACCCCUCCCUCCCCCAGCAGGAGAUCGUCGACUUCUGCAACAAGGCCGGAAUUCACAUCACCGCCUACAGCCCUCUCGGUAGCACCGGUAGCCCCAUGUUCACCGCGGCGCCCAUCGUUGCCAUCGCCGAGAAGCGCAAAGUGACCCCCGCCGCAGUCCUCCUCAGCUACCACAUUGCCCGUGGCUCCUCUGUCCUCGCCAAGUCCGUCACCCCAGCCCGUAUCGAGGCCAACCGCAAAGACUUGAUCAAGUUGGACGCCGAGGACAUCGCUACUCUCCGCAAGUACAGUGACGGUCUACAGGCAGAGGGCAAGCUCCAGCGCUUUGUCUUCCCCCCCUUCGGUCAGACCUUUGGGUUCCCCGAUAAGGAGUAA